GUUUAAAGCCGUGCCGUGUCCGUGUCUUCCCAACCCCAGUGCUAAAUAAGCUUCUUUUCCCCCAGUCCUUAUUUGCCUUUUUCGAGGAUUCCGACUGUCUCUUUUCCACUCGUUCAAAAAUAACGGCAUUCUUCGAGAGAGUGGGGGAAAAGCCUUGGAGAGCUUGCCGGCAACGAGUAUGCUGAGGACUCGAGGAGACGACGCAGCGAAAAAAAAGGGGAAAAGAGAAAAGAGAAAACCCAUUGAAUCGACCGCUCAAAAUUAACAAAGCAACAAGCAAGCUGCAAGCACAGAGCUGUCAAGACCCAAAACCAUGGCGGACGAUCAGGCUCGCCAGGAUAGCCUCAUGGUCACCACUAUCGUCCUGACUUCCAUAUCAGCCAUCUGCGUCAUCCUUCGUCUCAUUGUCCGCGUCGUGGUGAUCUUCCAGCCCGGUCACGAUGACUGGGCCAUCUGCGUAGCACUGCUGGCCAUGAUCGCCUACAUGGUUGAGCUGCUCGUCGCCCGUGCCAACCACACGGGCUUCGCUAUGGACAUCCUGACGUACGAGAACAUGGUCAACCUGAUGAAAACAACCCUCGCCAUCCAAGCAACCUACUACGUCGCCAUCACUGCCAUCAAGUCAUCCAUUCUGUUUAUGUACCUCCGAUUCACUGUUGACCACAAACUAAGGAAGGCCAUCUACGCGCUCCUCAUUUUCCAUGCCGUCUUCUUCGUCGUCUGCGUCAUUGUCGUUUUCUGUCAAUGCCAGCCGGUCGAAAAGUUCUGGGACCUCGCCGACCUGAUCGAAGGCGAGUGCAACGUCAACGGCACCGCAUUCUUUUACUUCACAUCGUCCGUCAACAUCGUGACGGACAUCAUCAUCCUCGCCCUCCCCGUCAAGACCCUCGCCCAGAUCAACCGGCCGGCGCGCGAGAAGAUCGCCCUCCUCUGCCUCUUCCUCAUCGGCACCUUCGCCACCAUCACGUCCAUCAUCCGCCUGCACACCAUCUACACCUACACCCUCGCCACCGACCCCUUCCGCAACGCCAUCCUCGUGAAUCUGUGGUCCGUCAUCGAGAUCAACGUCGGCAUCGUGUGCGCCAACGCCCCCGCCCUCAAGGCGCUCUUCUCGUCCAAGCUGCGCCGCCAGGCCGCCUCCCGCAAGAAGGGAGGCACCGGCCUUUCCGGCACGACGGGCACGACCUCGAAUCCCAAGUACGGCGUCUUCAGCCGCGCUGGGCGCUCGGGGCAGGAGAAGCUGACCGGGAGCGGCACUGUCGACGUCCCGACCGACGAGACCGAGUUGGAGACGUGGCAGGAGGUGUCGUAUCCUGGGCCUGGCAUCAGUAUCCGUACGGAUAUCAAUGUUGGUGUUGAGGGGCGGCCCGAGGGGGAGGGGUUGGAUAAGUAUCCGAACAUGAAGACUUGGAGCAGCCAGGAGCAUAUUAUGCAGCACCCGUGAGGGGAGAGGAGCGAGGGGGCGAGCGAGCGUAUUCAACAACAUUUACAGAGUCAAACACAUGUGUCACUGUGUGGCACGUUACCCACAUUACACAUACUCAUGUUUUCAUAGUGUACCUAUAGAUUGUCAGAAUAGGAGG